AUGUCAUCGGUCGUUCCGUUUCGCCGAUUUUUCAUUCCUAUUUCGGCUGUGUUCUUGAGAAAACAACUUCAACUCACUUCCCAUGUUCAUGUUCAGAAGCUCAUCUUUCUACAGCAUGAAAACCAGCUUCCUCUUAUCAACUCUGGAAUUCGAUGUUUAUCAUCCAAGGGAUCAUUCACUGAUAUUGUAGAUGAUGUCAAGAAAACCGGUCUGGAUUUAAAGGAAAAAGUGGCAGAAAGAGCAGAGGUUGUCAAAGAUCAACUUUCAAAUAUUCCAGGAAAAAUGAAAGAAACAAUGGAAGCAGUAAAAGAUUCUGAAAUUUCUAAAAAGGGAAAAGAUUUUGUGGAGAAUGUAAAAGGAACUGUGAUUGAAAAAGCGAUGAGCAGUAAAUUGGAAAAUAAUUUUUUACUCUUAAUGUGCUAUCUUUUAAUCUCGUUUCCUAAGGAAAAAGCGGCUGAAGGAGCAGAGGCUGUUAAAGAGAAAAUUUCGAAUAUUCCAGAAAAUGUGAAAGAAACAUUGGAAGUGGCAAAAGAUUCUGAAUUUUCAAAAAAAGGAAAAGAGUUUAUGGAGAACGUCAAAGGAACUGUGGUUGAAAAAGCAGAAAAAGCAGCUGAAGGAGCAGAGGCUGUCAAAGAGCAACUUUCAGACUUUCCAGGUAAAGUGAAAGAGACCUUUGAAAGCAUCAAAGAUUCAGAAUAUGCCAAGAAAGGAUGGGAAGCAGCUGAAUCUAUCAAAUCAACUGUGCAAAAUAUUGGCGAGGCAGUGACCAAAAAAUCAGAAAAAGUUAAGGAACAACUUGCAGACAUGCCUGAAAACGCAAAAGAGAAAUAUAAACAAGCGAUGGAAUCAGAGUACGCCAAAAAAGGUCGCAAGUUUGUAGAGGAUACAAAGGAGAAGAUGUGGAAGGAUAAGAAGCACGGGAAGAAGCACAAGCACCGUGAUGAUGAUUGA